AUGGCCAUCAUUGGCAUGUUCUUCCAAGAUGGACUCACCGGCUCUGCCUGGGGUGACUGGGCACUCUACACGGACUCCCCACUCCGUGCCUUCGAGGACCAGACCGGCGUCCAGCCUCCUGUGGGAUUUUGGGACCCCCUCGGCCUCUCUGCGGACGGCAACGUCUUCGACUUCAACCGCCGCCGUGAGGUGGAGCUGAAGCACGGACGUGUUUGCAUGUUCGCCACCAUUGGCUACAUCCUGCCGGAGUACUGGAGGUUCCCCGGAUACCUCUCCAAGUACCUGGACAUCAAGUUCGCUGACGUCCCCAACGGCCUGGCCGCCCUGUCCAAGGUCCCUGCCUUCGGCUGGCUCCAGAUCGUCGGCUUUGCCGGCAUCAUCGAGGUGCAGGUCUACAACGAACAGGUCAGCGGUGAGCCCGGCAACUACGGUGCUGGCUUUUUGGGUCUGAGGUCUGUCGGUAUCAUGAACACCGGCUUCCAGGAUCCCGAGGUCCGCAAGAAGAAGUUGAACGCUGAGUUGGCCAACGGACGGCUGGCAAUGAUGGCGAUCAUCGGCAUGUUUUUCCAG